AAAAGGAUAAUUAGUCAUAGAAUAAAGUUUGGUCGUUCAAGCUUAAGAGUUCUUGUUUAACUGAGUGAUUUUGUAGUCCUACUAUGGCCUCCACCUUUGUUCUUUUAUUAUUACUGUUCUUGUUCAUGCUAUUUACAAUUGAAGCCACAAACACUAAAACUCAAAAACAUGACUCCAGCAGUAUCAUACCGUUGGGGUCUUCACUCUCUCCUAAAGGCGAAAAUAGUUCAUGGUCAUCAAGUUCUGGCCAUUUUGCUUUCGGGUUUUACCCACAAGGCAGUGGCUUUGCGGUUGGGAUAUGGUUAGUUAGUCCUUCUGCAAACACAACCACUGUUGUGUGGACUGCUAACCGUGAUGAACCAAUAGUUUCCUCUGAAUCUAUGUUGAAUUUCACAGAGCAUGGUCUGCUUCUUCAAAAUGGAAACAGAGACUCGCUUACGAAUAUAGACUCAGAAUAUUUAAAGACAGGGAUAGUCUCAUGGGCAUCUAUGCUUGAUUCUGGCAACUUUGUAAUUUAUGAUGAAGAUUCGAAUGUUAUUUGGCAAAGCUUUGAUUAUCCAACAGACACCUUAUUAGGAGGUCAGAAUUUUACUGAUUCUGUUUAUUUACUCUCCAGUAUUUCCUCAUUUGACCAUUCAAGUGGACGCUACUAUCUCAAACUGCGAAGUGAUGGAAAGGUUGCUGCUUACCCGAUUUACAGUAGCAGAAGUUCACAGGAUGUUUAUUUUGAGCAACAAGGCUGUCUUUGCUCAGAUGGAGGGCCUAAUUAUAGAAUAUGUUACAAAAGUAGCAAUAAGCCUGGAAAGAAGACACACAGCAAUACAACUUCAAUCUACCGUGCAACACUUGACAUUGAUGGAAACCUGAGAUUGUAUGAGCACCAGUUUCACUUUGAGGGCUACAACAGCUAUCAUGUGGUAAUGUUGUGGCAAGCACUUAAUGAUACAUGUCUAGUGAAGGGGAUAUGUGGGUUGAACAGUUAUUGCUCCUCCAACAUGAGCGGUGAUGCUGUCUGCAAAUGUUAUUCUGGUUUCAUCCCAUCCAAGACUAAAAGCAGUCCUAACAUGCCUAUAGACUGCGUACAGAUGAAUAACAGAGAUAAUUGUGAAAGCAGUGAAGGACCAAUGUUGUUAUAUAACUUUACUCGCUACAAGAAUAUUUCUUGGAGCGAUUUUCCUUAUUCUAUUAUUCCCAUGAUGAAGGUGGAAACUUGUGAGAAGGCUUGCCAACAAGAUUGUGUUUGCGGGGGAGCAAUCUAUGUAUAUACAGACGGCAGUUGCAAUAAAUAUAGGCUUCCACUUAAAUAUGGCAGGGUUCAAAAUGAUUCUUCCAAUGUAUCUAUGGCCCUAUUAAAAAUUCCUUCUUCACCAACUGCCAGUAAUUCAUCUCCGAACUCAGACGACUCCAAUGUGCCAAAGCCAGAUGUUGUUGUUGACAACAAGAGAAAACUGAUAAUGAUUCUAUCCCUUACUUUGGGUUUCGUUUCAUUGAUUUGUUUGGUCUUUGCAAUAUCUAUUUUCUUCACUUACAGGCGUCAAGUUAAUAGGUAUGCAAUGUUGUCCGAAAGUGAAAAACUUGAAUAUACUGAAGAAUGCUCCUUGCGUUCAUUCUCUUUUGACGAACUUGUAAAGUCAACAACGGAAUUUUCAGAAGAGAUAGGGAGAGGAUCAUUUGGAGCUGUUUAUAAAGGUAAAAUAGGUGAUACUAACAGAAGUAUUGCGGUGAAGAGACUGGAUGAGAGAAUUGAUGAUGAAGGGGAAAGGGAAUUCCAAGCUGAAAUUACUGCUAUUGCUCGAACUCAUCACAGAAAUUUGGUUAAGCUUAUUGGUUUUUGCAUAGAAGGAUCAAAGAAGCUCCUUGUUUAUGAAUUUGUUAGCAAAGGCUCUCUUGCAAAUCUCCUCUUUGAAAGCGAAACAAGAAUAUCAUGGAAAGAGAGAAUGAAACUUGCAUUGGACGUUGCUAGAGGACUGCUGUAUUUACAUGAAGAAUGUGAAGUCCGAAUCAUCCAUUGCAAAAUAAAUCCUCGAAAUAUACUUAUGGAUGAAGCAUGGACCGCAAAAAUAUCUGAUUUUGGAUUGGCAAGGCUAUUAAAGAGGGGUCAUUCAAGAAUUAAUAUGGAGGAUGGUCAUGGUACAAGCAGGUACUUGGCUCCAGAAUGGCAGAAAGAGGAUACAUCUAUCUCAGUAAAAGCUGACAUUUACAGUUUUGGGGUGGUCUUGUUGGAGAUUAUCUGCCGCAGAAGAAGUAUAGAGAUGAAUAAUAUUUCUUCAGCUGACGAAAUUCUUCUCUCCAGCUGGGUAUAUCAAUGUUUGGCAGCAGAGGAGUUAAACAAGCUUAUCAGACAAGAAAAAGAUGUGGAUUGGAAGAUAUUGGAAAGAAUGGUGAAGGUGGGGCUGUGGUGUGUGCAAGACCACCAAUCUCUCCGUCCUACAAUGAAGAAUGUAAUACUGAUGCUGGAAGGUUUGAAAGAUAUUCCAGUUCCUCCAUCUCCAUCUGGCUCAGUUGGAUAGUCUUGUAGGAACAUUAUGUGUUGCUUGUGUGAUUUAUAAUUUGUGCUGUCACAGUUUGAUCAUUUUAAUUUAUGUUGAAUUUGUGCCGAUGGUAUAAGUCAUAUGUAACAUAAAUAUUUGUUUAGUAUUUUCAUGUAUGGUUUGUUUA